AUGAACAAUCAAGAAAGUAUUGCUGAAGGCGAGCGUCUCAUUAUUCCUACAAGAGUAGAAGUAGCCCCAAGAAAUCCUUUAAUCGAGACACUCUUCAUAAAAUUGAACCAGUCCAAGAAUGAAGUAUCACUUAAGGAAGUUGAUGUCGAAGAUGUUGAUGACACAUUGAUUAAGGACAAGUUGACAUGUGGUAAAUGCCAUAAGACGUUCAACUCGAGAUCAUCCCUGAUCAAGCACUUGAAGGUCAAACACCAUAUUGUAAUCGUUGGUGUCAAGCAUGGGCGUCCUGACCAAGGUGGAAGGCUUGCAUACUAUAUCCGCCAGCAGCAAAAGAAGGCCGAUGGAAAUUCUGUUUUGAGAGUCGAUGAAAAAAAAACUUAA